CGACGCCACUUGAGUGCCAUUGCUGGAAAGAAGAACAUGCGGGCUGAACAACGUGAAAUCUGAUAUCAACAAGCUGAUGACAAAGAACCUUAACCUUGUGACGCCUGAAAUAAAAAGCCUCCGGGAGAACACUAUUUGGUUCCUUGAGGACAACUGUGGUGAUGAAUUCUACGUAGAAACAGCUCGAUUUCAAGACGCCAUUCGUUUACUAAAAGAAAAGCAUUUCAUCGUUCUAACUGGCCAUCCCGGGGAGGGGAAAACUGCCAUGGCAGCGAGGCUGGCCCUGGCUGACGGCACAAAGCCGGAAAACUGCCUGAAACUGGAUCGUGCAGGAGACUGGAGAAAAGUGGAUUGGUCAUUAAAACUUUUUAAUACGGUCAUUGUAGACGAUAUCUUUGGAGGCGGUACACUCAAUCAGAAACUUCUUGCUGACUGGGAACCAUAUCUGCCUGAAAUGGAAAGAGCUGCAAAGCAGAAACGUUUGAGAAUCAUAAUUACCACAAGACACUACAUCAAAGAGGAGGCUUUAGAGGAAAUGGGCAAUCGCACCGUAUUUAAUGACAAAGAAGGAUGCGUUUUGCUAUUGUCAUCAUCGAGGUUUUUACCGUUUAACGAGAAGAAAGACAUUCUUAUAUCAAGGGCAAAGAAAAACAAUUCUUAUGACAAAAUUGACAACUACCGUAUUAAAUAUGAAGAUUGUGUGAGGAAAGCAGAGGGAGACAUAAACUUGCAAGAAGGUCAAACAGAUGGCCACGUGUUUGGGUUUCCGCAGUGUGCAACAUUGUUCGUCCAAAGUGAAGCGUUGAUAAAGCUGGGCUCUGAUUUCUUCAGCAAACCAGAAAUACACUUCAAAACAUAUAUUGACCAGUUGUACAAAGGCAAGGAUGAAGAGCAGUUCUACAAGUUCUUGGCUUUUGUGGCUGUCUGGGCAAAACAAAACAUGAAAUUGAAAGAAUUCGAUGUACAAAAUGCCAGAAAUGUGUCUGACCAUGUUAAAAUUGUUGCACACUGUUUUGGAAUUCAAGUUAAUAACCAUUUUCUUGAAACUUUAAAAUCUUCCCUGAAAAGCCAUGUUCAUGACCUGUUGUUGUUGAUCGAUCACUCUGGGGAGUACACCUUUAGAAACAAAGUAAACGGGGACAUGGUUGGGGUAGUCCUUGGAAGUCACAAAGUCCUGGAAUGCAUUGAGCUAUGCCCGAGAGAUUUCCUGAUGGAACGCGUUACAAUUGCACCAGCCAGUGAGGACGAGCUUCGUGUUGUAGUACUAAAGAAACACUAUAACGCUCUGUGUGACAAGUUUGUAAGAAUGAUUGGUCGAAGAAACUGCAACUUUGUGGCAAAGGAGUCACCACAUGACGAAUUCCAACAACUUCAAUGUAAAGGUCCCCGUUCGAACACCGUUGAUGCAUUCAGUGACAUCGACUUUGGUUUACUAAAACACAGCGCAUUUAAAGACGAUGAUUUUGUAAAGUCAUUUAUCAGAUACAUCCGGGAAAAUCAUUUCGAUCAGGAUCUUUUCACUGUUCCUGUAAUGAAAAUGACAGGGUACUUCCUCGACUACGAUAUCAGAAUGAUAGAAAUGGUGAUGUUCCUACCGGGUUACUCGCUAUACGGUGAACUUAGUGUGUUUGCAAAAGAGUUGAUUGUGCAAGACGUUUUUCGAAAGGACGAAACCCUUCCGCUUCUGCUGGUAACCCAUUCCGGUGAUAUUGACAUGAUGAAAUUACUUUUAAGCCACGGAGCAAAAGUUUCGGGAGACACAAUCCAUGUAGCUAUGCACAAAAAAGAACAAAUGUUUGAAUCAAACAAGGUCCUCGAUACAAUAGUUGAAUACCAAGGUAUAGACAUCAAUGACAGGGGAAACGCCCUAAAUGGAAACUAUCCGUUGAUUGUUGCAGCAAGAAAGGGUUUUGCUUAUGAAGUAGAAUGUAUGUUGCUACAUGGCGCUGAUCCGUCCGUGAAAAAUGAUAAAAAACUGACGGCUCUGCACAUGGCAGUUAUCUACAAGCAUGAACGCAUUAUCAAACUGCUCAUUGACAAUCAAUCGCCAUUGAACGAGAAGGGUGGAAAAUGUAUGAGAUCACCCCUUCAUAUUGCUGCUGAUCUUGGUAUGACUGAAACAGUUGAAAAUUUGAUAGUCAAAGGCGCAAACAUGACUAUAAAGGACAAUUGUGGCUACUUGCCGAUAUUUCUAGCUGCCAUCCGAGGACAUUUGGAAACAGUCAGGGUCCUUUUAAAGCAUGACAAAAGUCAGGAUAGCCUUCGGAUUGCACCUUUUGGCAAGGACUCUUUCAUCAAAGGCAUGUCAUUGAUGCAUAUAGCAGUUUGGAAGAAUGACAGAAGUCUUAUCCAGCUAUUAAUCGACGAGAAGGCAAAUCCAAAUGUGAAGGACUUCUUUGGUCAGACCCCGCUGUUCUAUUCAAUUAUGACUGGCAAGAAGAUUGCAACACGCCUGUUGUUUCAAUAUGCGGACAAAACACUGCCCCAGAAAAUGGGAUACACGCCAUUGCACGCUGCCAUUAUCAAGGGAAAUUUCAAACUUGUAGCCAAACUUGCGGCUGAAGUAAAUAUCAAUGAACCUGACAAAAACGGUCGGACACCUCUGCAUGUUGCAUGUGAAAAAGGGGAUAUACACACCGUUUAUCUUCUGCUGAACAAACACAAUGCAGAUCCGCUAAUGGUUACAAAUCAAGGGGACACAGUUUUCCAUAUCCUCAGAAAAAAUGAAAAAAACAAAAGUCAAGAGGAACACCGUAAGCGCCGUUUGAUUGAGACGCUUUUACUUGAAGCCCAUCCAGAAAUUUUUGAUCGUGUAAAAUGUAUGCCGAACAACAAGGGAGUGUCCAUUACAGACAUUCCAAAACCCGCCUCGAAGGUCUUGAAUAAAAGAACAGAUUUGAAUCAAGCUGUAGAAUGUGACUUUGACGACAUAAGCGAUGACGAUGAUGAUGACGACACGGGAGUUUACGCUACAAGUGUUGCGGGUAAUGGAGGCGCAGCUAAUGUAAGGCUUUUACAGGAUUUGCUCAAUAGUUUUGCAUGUGGAAACUCUGAUGAUGAAGACAAAGAUGGGAUGCAAUAGAGAGGAUAUGAAGAUAAAGAUGACCUUCUUACAACGAUGACGAUGGGAAUUUCAUGCAACAUGAAACCUUUAAAAUUAACAUAAAAACCCUUUUUUUAGUUUCUUGCUCAAACAUAUUAUUAAUAGCUAUGAUGUUAUGUAUGUAAGUCGGGAAUUAGGCUAUGCCAAAUCGAGUCUAUGUUUUACCUCAUCUGGCAGGGAGAGUAAAGCCUUUACAAACCAGAAAAACACAACAACUUUUUUAUUAGUCAAAAUAAAGCGCAAAUGUGCAAUCCUAAAGCUGAUACAAUAAGGGAAAAAAAAUAAACACAGAACAGUUUGUUAUAAAAAAAAAUAACCUGCCAAAAGUAGUUUCACCGGCUUUACGAAGCGCAUGUUGUAUAUAUAUUUCAAAGAAGUGAUAUCAUUUGAUUGUGUUUAUUUUUUGACGUUUGUUUUUUCUUGCCUGGGUUUAAAGUAAGCACCUAACGCUGAAAGUAUAAAUAAAUUGGUAUGGCCACAUUGAGCUAUCGCAAACGUAUAACAGAUUAUAUUCAGGGGUAUCAAUGCAUAGCUGUUACUGCUUAGAUAUUUUAGUGAGAUAGUUAUUAUUACUUUAUUCUUUAUUUUUUUCAAAUUGAUGGCUUACAUUUUUAAUUAUUGAUAAAUGUUGAGAUUAGUGUGAGUUUAUUGAUAUAUAAACUACUUAAACUCCCCAGUUGAAUCGUGUAACAUUGAAAUAGAGUUUCAGCGACCGUUCCAAAUAUAUUAUUCUUGUUUUUUAAUAGCAUAAUCAUUAGCUACUAUUUUCAUUCCAACAAAAAAAUAACCCUUCAACGAGCGCGCUACUUCUCUAAAAGGCAAUUGUUUGUAUGCUUCAAUAUGUACAAAUAUUACUAGAACUUGUCAACAUGUAGCAGAUGCAAUGCCUGUCUGUAGUUUGGAAUUCAACAACUGUGCAAACUGUAUAAUAUGUAUAUAUUUCAUUUUUCUGUUUAUUGUUUUCAAUACAUACAUGUCAUAAACUGUAUAUUAUAGUACAGUAAAUUUUACAUAUC